AUUUUCUAUCUUCCCCUUCAAAAUAUCCAUUUCUCAUUUCUCUCAAACUGAUCAAAUUCCUCAUUGUUGUUUUGCCCUAAUUCUUACAUUUGAAGGCAAUGCGAAGCCUUCAACUUCUUCCCAAUCCGUUCUUCUUCAAUUCCUUCCAUUCCAAAACCCUAAUUUCCCCAAUUCCUAACCCUAAAUCCUUUUCCAAAUCUCCCUCUUUCACCCCCGUUAAAUCCGUCCUUCAAUGGAAUCGGAAGCCCGAGCUCGCCGGUGACACUCCCCGCGUCGUCGUCAUCACCUCCGGCAAAGGCGGCGUUGGUAAGACCACCACCACUGCUAAUGUCGGCAUUUCCUUGGCCCGCCUUGGCUUUUCUGUGGUAGCCAUUGAUGCCGACGUUGGUCUCCGGAAUCUCGACCUUCUUUUAGGGCUUGAGAAUCGUGUUAAUUACACGGUUGUUGAGGUUCUUAAUGGGGAUUGCCGGUUGGACCAAGCUUUAGUGAGGGAUAAACGAUGGUCAAACUUUGAAUUGCUUUGUAUUUCUAAACCUAGGUCGAAAUUGCCGAUUGGUUUUGGUGGGAAAGCCUUGGUUUGGCUUGUGGAUGCGUUGAAAGCUAGGCAAGAAGGUUGUCCUGAUUUCAUUAUUAUCGAUUGUCCCGCUGGAAUUGACGCUGGUUUCAUUACCGCCAUUACACCAGCCAAUGAGGCAAUUCUUGUAACCACACCGGAUAUCACGAGUUUGAGAGACGCCGAUCGGGUGACAGGAUUGCUCGAAUGUGAUGGUAUUCGAGACAUUAAGAUGAUGGUGAAUCGGGUUCGAACCGAUAUGAUCAAAGGGGAGGAUAUGAUGUCUGUGCUAGACGUACAAGAGAUGUUAGGCUUGGCUUUAUUGGGUGUAAUUCCUGAGGAUUCAGAGGUAAUUCGUAGCACAAAUAGAGGGUACCCUCUGGUCUUGAACAAGCCACCCACAUUGGCGGGUUUGGCCUUUGAGCAGGCAGCUUGGAGGCUUGUUGAACAGGACAGUAUGACGGCCGUGAUGGUGGAGGAGGAGCCGAAGAAACGAGGUUUUUUCUCGUUCUUUGGAGGCUAAGAGAUCAAAUUCUCUUAGGAGAAAGGUUGUCUAGAUCUGCUCUGAUCUUAAGGGGCCAUGUAUAAAUUGGAGUAGAAGGAUUUUGGUAGUGUUAGAAGAGCAGCUGCAACUGCCACUAUUUGUUCAAGAGGAGAUGCUACGUUGGUGAGUACUUCUGUAUAGUUGGUGUGAUCCUAAUUCUCUUGAUUUCAUUGGUAGAUAAUCUAAUAUAUUAGUUUUAGACUCCUGUUUUGGUGCUUAUAUUUGUUAGGGAGAGAAUUUUCACCAUCUGUUUUGAGGUUCUAUUAUGUUCUUGUGAUUGCUUUGAUUGGCUCCGAGAGCACUUUUAAUGAGUAAAUGAUGGAAUGAAAUAACCUGGUAUGUUGAUUUUAAAAAA